AUGAACCAGAUUAAAUCCAUACAAAGGAUAAACGCUGCAGAGCUUGAACAAGGAAUCCUUGAUCCUGAGAAAUCCUGGCACCAUGAGUACGUUGAUCAGGCCUACAUAUACAUCGGUGGUCUUAAUAAAGAACUUACAGAGGGUGAUAUAGUAACAAUAUUUUCGCAAUAUGGAAUCCCGGUAGAUGUAUUUCUAAUGAGGGAUAGACAGACUGGUGAUUCUAAAGGGUUUGCAUACUUGAAGUAUGAAGACCAAAGAUCGAGUGUGCUCGCAGUGGAUAACCUAAAUGGUGCAAAAAUUGGUGGAAGAACCAUUCAAGUAGAUCAUACGUUCUUUGAACCACGAGAUGACAUGGAUGAUUACAGAAAAGCUGUUAAAGAGGAAUUAGAUAAGGAUAUUGUUAACCAGUUGUUGUUACCUUGA